AAACGAAUAAAGCAAAGCGUCAGAUGAGAUGCUCCGCUUGCAAAUUAUAGCGGAAUAGAACCCUUGGCUCUUCUUUACAGUAUUACCAUGGAACAUGCUCGGUCUCUGUCACCUACUGCUCACUUCUUCGCUUUCAUCUGCAUGUGAAUUUUCUUUCUUCAUUGGCCAAAAAAAAAAAAAGUUACUUUCCUCAAUCCACAGAUUCCAAAUCCUUUACACUUGCUGUGUUUCCCUUUUAAAUAACGUGGCAAUUGUCCUCCAAACUCUCCCUCUACCGUUUCCUAUUUAAACCAACAUUUAUCACUAACCAUGGUGAAUUUGCAGAAGAUCAAGUAACUAAAACCAGCAGCCAUGGAACGUCUCAAUGGUCCUGCCCGUCUCAUGAUAGUUUCAGAUCUCGAUUUUACAAUGGUUGAUCAUGAAGACCCAGAAAACCUUUCUCUUCUUCGGUUCAAUGCCCUUUGGGAGGCCUAUUAUCGCCAGGAUUCUUUGCUGGUGUUUUCCACUGGAAGGUCACCUACAAUUUAUAAACAGCUGAGGAAUGAGAAGCCCCUGUUGACCCCAGAUAUAACUAUCAUGUCUGUGGGAACUGAGAUUGCUUAUGGUGAAUCAAUGGUACCUGAUUAUGGUUGGGUACAAUGUUUGAACCUCAACUGGGACCGUGACAUUGUUAUUCAGGAAACAGCAAAGUUUCCUCAGCUUAUUCCGCAGUCAGAUACAGAGCAACGACCUCACAAGGUUAGCUUUUUCCUGGAGAAACCUAAGUCAUUAGAAGUAAUCAAGGCACUUGCAGAACGUUUAGACAAACGCUGGUUAGAUGUUAAAAUAAUAUAUAGCAAUGGGACAGCUUUAGAUGUAUUACCAAAAGGUGCUGGUAAAGGACAAGCUCUUGCAUAUUUGCUGAGAAAGUUUAAAGCUGAUGGAAGAAUGCCACUUAAUUCACUUGUUUGUGGUGACUCUGGAAAUGAUGCUGAACUAUUCACCAUUCCUGAAGUAUAUGGUGUGAUGGUUAGCAAUGCACAGGAAGAGUUAUUACAAUGGCAUGCAGAAAAUGCAAAAAACAAUCCUAACAUAAUCCAUGCUAGUGAGAGAUGUGCAUCUGGAAUAAUACAAGCCAUCAGUAAAUUUACUUUAGGUCCAAAUGUGUCUCCCAGAGAUAUUAGAGACUUAAGAAAAUGCAGAGUAAAUAAUUUCAGUCCUGGUCAUGAAGUGGUGAAGUUCUAUUUAUUUUAUGAGAGAUGGCGACGUGCAGAACUUGAGAAGUCUGAUCAGCUUAUGCAAAAUCUAAAAUCAAGCUUUUAUCCAUUAGGUACUUUUGUCCAUCCCUCUGGAACUGAGCAACUGAUGAUCAACUGCAUAGAUAUGAUGCAAAGGUCAUAUGGGGAUAAACAAGGAAAGCAAUAUUGUGUUUGGCUGGAUCGGGUUUCAGCAGCACAGAUUGGCUCAGAUGCAUGGCUGGUGAAGUUUGAUAAAUGGGAGUCAACUGGUGAAAAGAGACAGUCCUGUCUUACCACUGUCUUGCUUACUACAAAGCAAGCUGAAGAUGCCUUCACAUGGAUGCACAUACAUCAGACAUGGUUGAAUGGUUUGGAAGCAAAGGACCAAACUACUUGGUAUUUCUAGUCAGGGUAUGUUUCUUGUACCCAUCAGUAUUUUUUGAUAGGAUUAAUAUGUAAUUUGGUUUUUGAACUAUACUACUUGUAAUGAUUUCGUACUUAAAAAAAAAAAUUCACAAUUAAGUAUUCAAUUUUGUUUCAUCAAGUAAUUUGCACCAUUGACUAAUGUUGAUAGUCAAAAUGCUCACAUGGCAAAUUCUGACUAAUAAUAAUGUAUCACAUAUCAUGAAAUUGACUUUUUUUUUUUUUAGUCACAUCAUCUUUCUGUUAACAGAAUUAGUAAAGGGGGCAAUAUACUUGACAAAAACAAUGUUCAGUAUUUAAUCAUGAAUUUUUUUCUGUAAGUACGAAAUCAUGAAAAAUUAUAUACUUCAGGGGUUAAAUCACGCAUUAACCCAUUCUAAUAACACUUUUUCUUCUCAUAAGUUAUAGGUGUUCAUUGUCACUAAUCUGUAAACACCAUUGAUGCUUAAGUAUCUAUUUACGUAAAUGUCAUAGGUUGUAUUAGAGGGAAUGCAGAAAAUACACCCGUCCUUUUUUGGAUGAGCACUGUAUUGAGCUUAACAAAGGCUUUUCUUACUGGGUUAGGUGAGAACCAAGAUGCAUACUAGGUUAGGUGAGAGCCGAGAUGCACAUUUAUGGUGUAAACUUAUGAGAACUUUCAUAGUAAGUUCU